UCCACUCUCAUACCCAUUUUCUCCCAAACCCCACCCCUCUCCUCUCUUUCUCUCUCACACACAAACACACACUGUGGUCAGUCUUCUCACCAGUCUUUGUCCAUAAAACCAAAACUGACAUUCCUCAAACUUGAAGCCAAAAACCUUGGAAAAUCGUAGAACAGUAAUCAUCCGACAAAUCCUGUCUCUGCUACAGUAAUGGCUCAUCAAUUUACCCAAAUUCACCCAAUCCCUACCUCUUCUUUUUAGAUUCUACCAACCCAACCGUUGGGAAUAAAAGAUACCGUUUCCGAUGGAAUUCGCGGAGGAAGUAGGGGAGAGCUCCUCCCCGCCUCGGAGCUACUACGUCACCGCAAACAACGAUGUCAUCAGGAAUGAUGUUUACAAUCGCCUUAUUCACAAUGGAAAUGAGGAGGCGAUUAGUAAUCCUCAUUUUUUCCACCUCUUGGAAGCUCACUUCAAUCGCCUUCCUACAAGGUUUCUUCUUAAUGUAUUAUGGACUGGAUAUCAAUAUGGAAAAAGUUGAAGAUGUGUUGUUACAUCAGAAGCUUCUUGCUAGUGCCGAGGAUCCUGACAAUCAACCUGUUUUCCACAUUCGUUUUCUAGAGAAUUUUUGCACUAGAGAUGAUGAUUUUGAGGGAGAACAGAUUUCAAGUGCUCUCCCUGCCUCAUUUCAAGAUGAUAGUGUCAAUAAUGGCGUCCUCCUGUCAAAUGAUAGGAAUUCUGGGGGUGACAACGAGACUUUUUCUAAGCUUGAGGAUCUGAAUCUGGAUGUUAGGAAGAAUUCCAAUGAUGUAAACAAGGAAAUUUCUCUUGAAGAUUUUGCACUAAGGGAGGAAGCAUCACUCUUACCAAUUCAUGAGAUAAUAUUUUCAACUCUUGACAAGCCAAAACUUCUCAGUCAGCUAUCUGCUUUGCUCUCUGAUGCUGGACUAAAUAUCCGCGAAGCUCAUGUUUUUUCAACAACAGAUGGCUACUCCUUAGACGUAUUUGUGUUCGAUGGAUGGCAUUCUGAGGAUACAGAAGGUUUAUACAACAUGAUGAGAAAAGCAAUUGCUGAGAGUGAGGGAUCGUGGUCUGGUUCUUCGCGAUCUCAGUCAAUUUUGGAGGAAGCUAUUGCUGCACAGAGAAAUUCGGAGGAUUGGGAAAUCGAUUGGAGAUUGCUGAAGAUAGGGGAGAAAAUUGCAGCUGGAUCUUGUGGAGAUCUUUAUCGUGGAGUAUACCUUUGCGAAGCCGUUGCUGUGAAGGUCCUAAAAUCUGAGCAUUUGAAUAACUCCCUGCAGGCAGAGUUUGAGCAGGAAGUUGCUAUUCUAAGACAGGUACAGCAUGACAAUGUUGUGCGUUUCAUUGGUGCUUGCACAAAGCUGCCACAUUUAUACAUAGUGACAGAGUACAUGCCCGGAGGGAGCCUUUACGAGUAUUUGCAUGAGAAUCAUUCUGCAUUUAAGCUCCCGCAGUUGCUGAAGUUCGCAAUUGACAUCUGCAAAGGAAUGGAGUACCUACAUCAUAAGAAUGUUAUUCACAGGGAUCUGAAGACUGCAAAUUUGCUUAUGGAUACUUCCAAUGUUGUUAAAGUGGCAGAUUUUGGAGUUGCGCGGUUCCAGAACAAUGGUGGGGUUAUGACAGCAGAGACCGGAACAUACCGAUGGAUGGCCCCAGAGGUGAUAAACCAUCAACCAUAUGACCAAAAAGCAGAUGUGUUCAGUUUUGCCAUUGUUCUUUGGGAGCUUGUUACAGCCAAGGUACCUUAUGAUAACAUGACUCCUCUACAAGCUGCCUUGGGAGUGAGACAGGGUCUUCGACCAGAACUCCCGAUAAAUGCACACCCCAAAAUACUAAGCCUGAUGCAGAGAUGCUGGGAAGCCAUUCCUAGCAAACGCCCUUCGUUCAGUGAGAUCAGAAGUGAGAUGGAGGCGCUCCAGCAAGAAGUAAAUGAUGCUCGAGAUGCUGCACCUAAUGGCUCCUGACAUCUAUCUACAAUUGACACGGUUUGAUACUAUCUAAAGAGUAAGUGCUUCUUUAAUUUUCCACAUACUAAGGUAAAUGCCCCUGAUAUAUAUUUAUACAUGGAACUGACACUCUUUGGGAACUUUGGGAUAAGCAUAAGUAAAUUUGUAAUAUAAAUCAAGUAGUUGGUAUGAUGCAGUUUUGGAUAGGAAGCUAACACCAAUUUCACUACCUGUAAACAAAGUGAGUGUUUUCCACUGUUUGAGGAAUGCAAAUCUCUCACAAUAUAGAUUUCACAAACACUAUUCAUAUCUAUAUUUGUUUUAUUUUACUAUUGAA